UGGCUGCUCUGUGAGAAGCCCUAACUGCUCAUCAUUAAUCUAACUACUGUUGUCGGAGCUUUUGUGCAGCAAGCACAUCCUGAAUGUGUAAUGUGGUGGUUUAACUUUUUACCUGACCUUACUCAGUGAUUGUCAAGAUGUCAUGACAUCGCUGAAGGGUGUGGUGACCGUGCACAGUGGCAAGUUCCUCUUUUAAUGAUUAAUAAUUCUGAUGACAAUGACAGUUGCAGAGAAAACACGCAGUUCGAAUUUGUUAUCCAAAUAUUACUCAGUGUUCUUUAUAGACAAAAAUACAUUGGCCGUUUUAUUGCUCUACUUUCAUGACAUAUUAUGUGACAUAAUGUCACGUUUUUUUAGGCGUUUUUAUACAUCUUGACAUAUUCAAAGAUCAGCAAUCUUUAAAUUGCACUGUUUACACAUUCACUGUUGUGCAUUUUACCUCGCGAGAAACCUACGUUGAGCUUGUAAAGUUAACUAUGUGGCUUGUUAUUAGUGAGGUCCCGGGGGUGAAAGAUGUUCACUGAUUGAGAUGCAGGUGAUACAAUGUCUCCAACCCGCUCUCUUUCACUGUGUUUGGGGAUGUUCUCUGCCCACAGGGCAUGGCGUAAAAAGGCACAGCUGGGUUUUCAAGUUGAAAAAGCCAACUCCUCUGCUCGCCUGGGUGUGUGUGUGUAAACACAAUUUAUUUUCAAGCGCUAGUCACGGUCAACAGCGCCAUAAAAUAUUAAAAUAUUCACCUGAGCUUGUUUAUUUCUCUAGUUUAAGCCAAUUAUCGUGUUUGAACUCAUAGAGAUUUGCCGCAUGAUAAAAUGAUCGAUCCAUUUCUGUGUUUUUUUUCCCCCCCUUGUGCAGAGUUUCCAAUGCCAAAGACUGAGUUGGUGCAGAAGUUUCAUGUUCUGUAUCUGGGUACGACAUCUGUGUCUCGACCUAUAGGCAUGGACGUUAUAAACGGGGCCAUCGACAGCCUCAUGUCCACCACAGGCAAAGAGGACUGGACUCCUGUUAUCCUCAGUAUUGCUGACACUACUGUGGCUGUGAUCAAAGAGAAGGAGGAGGACGAGGAGGCGCUGGUGGAGUGCCGCGUCCGUUUCUUGUCCUUCAUGGGCAUUGGACGAAACGUGCACACGUUUGCCUUCAUCAUGGACACUGGGAACCAGCACUUCCAGUGCCAUGCGUUUUGGUGCGACCCCAACGCGGGCUGUGUGUCUGAGGCUGUGCAGGCAGCAUGUGUGCUGCGGUAUCAGAAGUGUCUGGUGGCGCGGCCGCCCUCCCAGCGCGCCUGCUCUUCCACUUCGCCCUCCGCCGACUCCGUGACCCGGCGGGUGACCACCAGCGUGAAGCGCGGCGUCCAGUCUCUCAUAGACACUCUGAAACCCAAGAAACAGCCGUCAGAGCUCCCCUAGCACCGCCAGCGAGUCGCCAGAACUCUCCCAGCACCAGUGACCACAGCACCACCCAGCCAACGCCUGGAUGCCACUCACACAAUCGCCACAACCAGACCUAAUCGGUACCAGUCAUGGUAACCAAUGAUGUACAUACAUGUUAACAAACACCACCUCAGAUGACGGGAAGAAGAGCUGCCCUCGAAAAGUCCUGACCAUUAAUAAAAGAAAAAGAAAAAUACAGAGAGUUUGCUGAUGACGUUGGGCAUCGCUGGUUGAACUAAAACCUCUAAAUGCUAACGUGCCCAAGUGGGAACCAUCUGCUGACUGUACUGGCCCUUACUGUAUGUGGAUAUCUGGGGCUGGAUGGAUUACUUGAUCCAGCGUUCUACAGACAGGACACAGGAAUUAGCUAGAAGGAAAAAGACUGGUUUGUGUGACCACUAAUUGGUUGACUUUGUUUUCUUUCCUCUGUCCCCUUGUGUAAAACAUAUUCAUACAAACACAGUGCGUGCGUCCUGGACGCGGCAGCAGAGAUGCUAAGCCACAGGAGUUAAAAAAGGUGACGUCCUGCUGUGAAGGGAAUCUGACAGGUGAAGAAGAUGAGACGGACGGCACCCGUCGGCUCUGGCUGCCAAAAAAAAAUGGCGUAAAAAUAUUUCGAUCCUAUGUGAAAAAAAAAAUACACUCGAUAUCUCCUCUGAGGAUAAAUGAAGAGAUUGAGAUCAUGUGGAUGUAAAUGAUUGUAUGUAGAACGAGUCGAGAGAGUUCAGGGCACAGAUCUUGUAGAUAUGGAGGAGUGGAGUGUGCUGUUGGUGACCGAAAAUGUGAUAGAUGUGGGUUUUGAGUUUUGCAUGUUUUCACAAAGGGAUGUGUUUUAGGUUUCUUUUAUGUUAAUGACUUAAUAAUGGUCACAUGACGACACAAUAAACAGCACAAGUGAUAACUAGUUUCACACUGGCAGAGAGGAAACGUGGAUAAACAGGCCUAUUUUAACCCAUAACUGCGUAAAAGGUAACUUACAGAAAUACGAUUGUGACUCGUUUUUUUUUUCUUCACUCUUCAUUCCUUAUUUAAAAGCUUGGAAAUGUUUUUUUUUAUGUAAUUUGAAGCAUUAAAUUAGUAACGAUUGUUGGUUUUUGCAUACCUAAAGAAAAAAAAAGGGAGUUUAAACGCUCAAGAAUGUCACACGUCUCAUGUUCAAACGUAACAAUUUCCUCAGGAAUCUUUAUGCAUAAACACGAGAUAUAUAUAUAUAUAUGUAUGUAUAUAUAUAUAUAUGUAUAUGUACAUAUAUGUAUAUAUAUACAUAUAUAUAUGUAUGUAUAUAUACAUAGUAGUAAGAAACUAAAGAUCCAGGUAUUGUCUUUGGCAGCCGCGACCAGCUCGUGGUAUGAAAAGGUGUUAGUCCUGCCUGCGAAGCACAGGCAAGACAAAAUAACGUGCCAUACAGUAAAGGGUUAACUGUCACCUCCUCGGUAAACCAGUCGUUCAAAGACAAAUAGGCGCCCACAAAUGUGCACAUACAGCAGGUGGAGAAAAGAACUGUCUGCUGUCACUGCUUUGAAAGACUUUACACCGCUCCUUUGGCUCGGAGCCACCACUUGCACUUGACGUGAACUCUGUGAAUGCAGUCGAAUCUAAAGGAAACUCACACACACAGCAACAAAUCAUUUGCGUUCUGUUCUUCACUCAUCUCCACACCAUGUAAAUGUAAUCUGUUGUGACAAUAAAUGCAUAACCAAAAGGAAAAAAA